AUGUUGGCAAUUUGUCAAGGACUGGUCUACCUAAUGGAUGUUUGUCAACUCAUUUGUAUUUUUGAACAUAGGAUUCUUUAUUUCAGCCAGAAAUAGUCCAAACGAUUUUAAUCUACAAUCCCCAUCUGAACGGCAUGUUCUACACGCUUCAGCCAAGAAGGACAUUCAUAAAUGACGUUCGUUUUCUGUAUUUUCUUUCUAAUAACAGAACUAGCUUCAGCCCGAUUUCUACGGAUACUUUCUAGACCAGAGGCCUGAAAUCUACGGAGUUCUUUGGAGCCCCGACAUGCAAUCAAGGGCAUUUAUUAUGUCGCCAGUGAGUUUUAGGAACUUUUGUGGUUUUCCCGUGGUUGAUUUCUAGACGCGAUUGAUCCCGUUACUACAAAUGACGAAGUGGCAUGUGCUGAUGAGUCGAGGGGCCGCUUUUCCUCGAAACGUGGUCGAGGCCAACAUGGUCCGUCUCAUCUAAUUUUUACAUCAAACUGAUAAGCGAGUUGGGUUGAUUGACGAGGGUGAAGCGUUGCGUACGCGACGCGGCUUCCCGACGGGACACUCGAAAUCAUGAACAAGCCACACUUUUUCUCCUGUUCUGAAAGUUUAUCAACUUACUUUUACUUAUCAAGGUUAUGAAAAAUUUCCUUCGAACUAUUAAGAAACAAAUAGAAACAAUAGGAAACUCGUUUUUUUCAAAUUUUCUCAAUGAUUGCGUUUGAUCUCGAGUUCCCGGUCAUAAAGCCGCGCCGCGUACGCAGCGCGUCACCUCAUCUAUCUACUCUUUCCGUUUUUGCGAACCGCGAAAAAUUUUUUUAAUACAAAGUUUCAUGAAAAAAAGGUUAUCAGUGAUGAACAAGUGAACUUAUAAUAAAAAAAGUAAAACAGCUCGGUUUUUUUCUUUUUCCAAGUUUUUUUAGACAGGAACGGCCAAGGUCAAAACAUUAACGAAAAAAUAUCACUUCCAAACACCUUUUCACGCUUCAAGACUAGGAAAAAAAACUUGCUACUUGAAAUUUGAAUAUUUGCAGUGAACACUUUCUUUUAAAAUCAAUCUAACACUUUUUUGCGUUACAGAUCGACCCAAUGAUCGACAAACUGAUCCAAGCCGAACGGAAAAUCAUGCGGUAUGAACAAGCGAACCGCGUAGCUGCCGUAGACCUUCUGCGAUUUGGCCCUCCACUUCCUCAAUAG